CCUGGCAGCAGAGGUCGUCAGGACGGUCGCCAUUUUGUUAGCUUCUUAGCAAAAUAAACUGUCUUGGGUGGUUUUAGGACAACUCGGUUGUCCUCAGAGUUGCUCCUUUUAGCCUGACAGUAGACUUUAGUAACCAUGUGGUAUGAAAUCCUGCCGGGCCUCGGCGUCAUGACCGUGUGUCUCAUCCUUCCCGGUAUCGUCACCGCUCAGGUCCACAAGUUCACCAACGGAGGAAAGGAGAAGAGGGUCGCUCGGAUGCCGUGGCAGUGGUAUCUGGUGGAGAGAGACCGGCGAGUGUCAGGAACGGGACAGCACUUUAACUCCAAGGGCCUGGAGAACAUCAAAUGAUGAUGAGGAAUAUGGAGAACCUGAUGAGAAGAACCUUUUUUGUUGUACAUUAAAAGAUUAUAUUUACCAUUUAGUUGUUUUUUCAGUCUUUUAUGACAGUUGUCCCUGUGACCAAUUAAACUGUUCCACACUGGAAA